AUGGGGGUUCGUCUGUGGGGUAGCCUGGCCCUGGUCUGCAUCUGCUUCCUGGUCGUCAUGAGAGAUGAUGCUGGCCAGCAUGCCCCACGGGACAAAGGGCAACCAAUCAGGCAGAGUUCUCCUUUACCCAAGACGGGACAUUGGACUCCUCGCGCCCAAGAGACGAAAGUGAAAAAGAGAGAGGAAGACCCUCCAGACACCACCAGCAGGAGAAACCCGUUGGUGCCGGUUGAGAAGAAGGGACCCACAAGGACGAAGAGGGAUGAAGAUACGAGUCUCAACAGGUCUCCUAGCUCCGCUGUCCACACAAGUCCUACAAGCCCAAGGAAUACCUCACCGGGCGCCACAGCUUCAAAGGCCAAUACCUCCUCUAAACCUACCACCCCCACCCCCACCUCUAUGACCACAACCCAACCCACCAACAACCCCACAACCUCCACUCCUACCACCACCACCCAACCCACCACCACCAAACCCACCACCACCAAACCCACCACCACCACCACCACUGUCCCUACCACUACAAUCACUACCUCCACCCCUACCACCCCUACCAUAACCACCACCAAACCUACAACCACCACCCCAUCCAGCACCACCACCACCACCACCCCUCCUACGAGCACCUCCCAACCCACCAAAACCACAACCCCCACACCUACGACCACCCCCACCCCCAUCCAUACCACCACUCCCCAACCCACCAACAACACCACAACCACCACCCCUCUGACCACCACCCCUACCACUACCACCACCCCCCAACCUACCAAAAACACUGCAACCCCCACCCCUAUGACCACUACCACCCCCACCCCUACCACCACCACCGAACCCACCAACACCACCCCCACCCCUACCACCACCACCCAACCCACAUACACCACCACAACCACCACCCCUCUGACCACCACCCCUACCACUACCACCACCCCCCAACCUACCAAAAACACUGCAACCCCCACCCCUAUGACCACUACCACCCCCACCCCUACCACCAACACCACCACAACCACCACCCCUCUGACCACCACCCCUACCACUACCACCACCCCCCAACCUACCAAAAACACUGCAACCCCCACCCCUAUGACCACUACCACCCCCACCCCUACCACCACCACCGAACCCACCAACACCACCCCCACCCCUACCACCACCACCCAACCCACAUACACCACCACAACCACCACCCCUCUGACCACCACCCCUACCACUACCACCACCCCCCAACCUACCAAAAACACUGCAACCCCCACCCCUAUGACCACUACCACCCCCACCCCUACCACCACCACCGAACCCACCAACACCACCCCCACCCCUACCACCACCACCCAACCCACAUACACCACCACAACCACCACCCCUCUGACCACCACCCCUACCACUACCACCACCCCCCAACCUACCAAAAACACUGCAACCCCCACCCCUAUGACCACUACCACCCCCACCCCUACCACCACCACCGAACCCACCAACACCACCCCCACCCCUACCACCACCACCCAACCCACAUACACCACCACAACCACCACCCCUCUGACCACCACCUCUACCACUACCACCACCCCCCAACCUACCAAAAACACUUACACCACCACAACCACCACCCCUCUGACCACCACCCCUACCACUACCACCACCCCCCAACCUACCAAAAACACUGCAACCCCCACCCCUAUGACCACUACCACCCCCACCCCUACCACCACCACCGAACCCACCAACACCACCCCCACCCCUACCACCACCACCCAACCCACAUACACCACCACAACCACCACCCCUCUGACCACCACCCCUACCACUACCACCACCCCCCAACCUACCAAAAACACUGCAACCCCCACCCCUAUGACCACUACCACCCCCACCCCUACCACCACCACCGAACCCACCAACACCACCCCCACCCCUACCACCACCACCCAACCCACAUACACCACCACAACCACCACCCCUCUGACCACCACCCCUACCACUACCACCACCCCCCAACCUACCAAAAACACUGCAACCCCCACCCCUAUGACCACUACCACCCCCACCCCUACCACCACCACCGAACCCACCAACACCACCCCCACCCCUACCACCACCACCCAACCCACAUACACCACCACAACCACCACCCCUCUGACCACCACCCCUACCACUACCACCACCCCCCAACCUACCAAAAACACUGCAACCCCCACCCCUAUGACCACUACCACCCCCACCCCUACCACCACCACCCCAUCCACCACCAACACCACCACCUCCACCCCUACCACCACCACCCAACCCACCAACAACACCACAACCCCCAUCCCUACCACCACCACCCAACCCAUCAAUAACACCACAACCCCCACCCCUACCAAUACUCCCCAACCCACUAACACCACCACCCCCACCCCUACCACCACCACCCAACCCACCAACAACACCACAACCCCCACCCCUACGACCAUCACCACCCCCACCCCUACCACCACCACCCAACCCACCAAUACCAUCCCCACCCCUACCACCACCACCCAACCCACCAACAGCACCACAAACCCCAUCCCUAUGACCACCCCCUCCCCUACCACCACCACCCAACCGACCAACAACACCAUUACCCCCACCCCUAUCACUUCGACAACCACCCAAACCACCAACAACUCCACCCCCACCACCAAAACCACCACCCCUACCCCUAACACUUCCACCGCCACCCCACCCAUGAACAACACCACCAAGACUGCCUCUACCACCACUACCACUGUCCCUACCACUAUGACCUUCACCACCUCUACCCCCACCACUACCUCCACCACCACCACCACCCCCCCUACAACUUCUUCCACCAAAGCAACCACCAUGACCACCACCACCAAUGCAGGUCAAUGCCAGAACGGGGGCACCUGGCUUGGCACCCAUUGCAAAUGUCCUGAUGGUUAUGAGGGCACGUACUGCCAGUAUGCCAAGGAAACCAUCGAGCUCAAAGAUGUAACGGUGAAUGCAACGGUGGAGAUGAAGGCGAAGAUUGACAACAGGAAUUUCACAGAAGACCUGAAAAAUAAGACCUCUGCAGCUUACCGAGAUUUUGAGAAGGAAUUCAAGGAGCAGAUGAGGAAGGUUUACGAACGUUUAGAGGGCUACCAAGAUGUGGAGAUCCACGAACUGACCAACGGCAGCAUUCUGGUGAACUACACCGUCCUCCUGAAGGUGCUCGUCAGCGCCACAGUGAACGCUACGGUGGAGACCAUCUCCCAAAACCUCGUCAAAGCCGUCAAUAACAACACCUUCUGCAACAGCAGCUGCGUAGGAGCCAACUGUGAUUUCUGUUUCAACUCCAACUUCACCAACAUCACCAGCUACGAGGUGAACGAGGUUGAAAGCAGUCUGUGCGACAAUUACAUCAUGGGGGACCUCAAGCCCUACUACACCCUGCUCAUCACCAACACCAGCGUCUUCUGCAUUAGCGUAUGUGACAAACGAUCUCCUGAUCCUCACAACUGCGUCCACGGCAAGUGCAUCGUGAUGCUCUCGGGACCACAGUGCGAGUGCUCGGACCAGUCGGCGUUCUGGUACCAAGACAGCAUGUGCAGCUCACGGAUCAGCAAGAUCGGGGUGGCCGUAGGGGUACUGGUGACCGUGUUGGUGGUGACCAUCGCCAUCUUCACCGUCCUCCUGGUGCGGGCUAAGAGGCAGAAGGACGACGACAGGGACCUCUAUUGUGAUGAGGAGGAAAGCUGGAACAGCACUGAGGGCUUCUCCAGCGUCAACCAGGCAGCUACAUUGGAAGAGCCCUAUAGCACCUCCUACAUCAACCUGCAGAAGGUGGACACCUCGCAGAAGAUCCACAUCAAACAACCGUCCAUCAUCAUUCCCUGA